AUGCUCCUCCCCCGCUCUCUCCUCCGCCCCCAUCUCUCCUCCCGCCUCUCUCGAUGCCUCUCUACAUCCUCUCGCGCACCCCUCAAGGUCGCCAUCAUCGGUGCUGGACCAUCAGGGUUCUAUACUGCCUCGCGUAUCCUCUCUCUGCUCCCGGCCAAUUCGCCAGAGGGAAAUGGUGUGGAAGUGCACAUGUAUGAGAGGCUGCCCACGCCGUAUGGACUGGCCAGGUAUGGUGUAGCACCGGAUCAUCCCGAGGUCAAGAAUUGCCAGCACAAAUUCGACGAGCUUGCCCCCGACCCUCGCUUCAAAUACUUUGGCAACGUCCUAAUAUCCUCCCAAUCCUCCUCCUCCCCAUCCGCCCCAUCCCCCUCCACCGCCCUCUCCUCCUACACAUACCCCCAUGCCCUCCGCCUCUCUUUCCAAGAUAUAAUACCCUACUACACCACCCUCGUCCUCACCUACGGCGCCUCCCUAUCCAACCCUCUCAACUCUGUCCCCGGCUCGUCUUCGAGCGAUAACCCGCUGGAAGGGAUUUAUCCGGCGUUGGCGCUUGUGAGCUGGUACAACUCGCAUCCGGCGUAUGCCGAUCUGCCGGUGGACUUGAGGGGGGUGAAGGAUGUGAGCGUGGUGGGGCAGGGGAAUGUUGCGCUGGAUGUGGCGAGGUUGCUGCUCAAACCUGUUGAGGAUCUGGCCAAGACCGACUUGUCGGACGACGUGCUCGAUGUGCUCUCCAAGUCGAGUGUGGAGAAGGUGCGUGUGGUGGGCCGCCGAGGUCCAGGACAAGUCGCCUUCACCACCAAAGAGUUCCGUGAAAUCCUCGCUAUCCCUGGUGUAGGCUACCCCGGGAUCGACCCUGACUUGAUGGACGAGGCCAAAGAAAACGUCCCGCCUGGUAACGGAGAGCGUAUGAGGAAGAGGCUAUUGCAGCUUAUGGAUAAGCAACAAGACGGCAAGAAAGUCUUAGAGCUGGACUUCAUGAAGGGUCCGAAAGCAUUCUUGCCUAAUCCUCAAGGAGGCAGAGUCGGCGAGGUGGAAUGGAACAUCAACGCCCUUCUAUCAACUCCACCCCUUGCCCCAAACUCCCCCGGCGACUCUCCCGCCGCCCCAUCCCUCGUCGCUAAAGCUACCGGCCAAACUAGCAAGACGCCAGCAGACAUGGUAGUCGAAUCGGUCGGGUACCGCUCUGAACCCCUCACGGGCCCUGGGCACGAGUGGGAUUUGCCUUUUGAUGUCGUCAAGGGAAGAGUUCAGAAUGUUGGUGGGAGGGUUGUGGAUCAUGAAGGUGUUCCUGUGAAUGGGGUGUAUGCUGCAGGUUGGGCGGCUAGAGGCCCAGUUGGCGUUAUCGCAUCGACAAUGCACGACGCCUACUCUCUCUCCAGCGUCAUCCUCGACGACCACCUCUCCCCCUCUGCCUCUGCCUCCUCCUCUCCUUCGACAUCCCCUUCAUCUACCAAACCCCCAUACACCCCUCUAAACACCUCCCCGCUCCCAGGUCUCCCAGAGCGUAUCAUAAGCGCCGCAAACGAAGGGAAGGUGGUAGUAGACUUGGAUGGUUGGGGACGGAUAGACCAGGCUGAGAGGGAGAGGGCAAAGUUGGCGGGGAGUGGGAAGGAGAGGGAAAAGUUUAGGAGGGUGGAGGAGAUGUUGAGCGUGCUUGCCUAG